AUUCAUGAAAUGUUUUGGAGAAAUAUCGCCCGACCAAGCCCCUAACUUUUUAAAGGUCCUAGGAUUUGCCGGGGGCUCUUUAAAAAUCGGAUAAAGAAGUGCUCCAAAGGGACAAUGGUGACCCCCCCCCCCCGCUGAUUGACAUCUGAUCAGUCACAAUUCGCGACCUAUAGCUCCCCCUUCAUUAACGAAUUCCAGAUACGCCUUUGAGACCAAUUGCCUUAUUUAUAGGCCUAAAAGUCAAGAGCAGUUGCCACCGAUCAGCUGAUCAUUGCUUCCACUAUAGCGAUUCCGGGCAAUUACUUCCAGUAGGCAAAAUGAGCACCACUAUGCAUUAAAAGACUGGAUGUCGCGCCCCUUCUUUAAAAGACUAUAUAUCCGCCCUUCCGAUCCAGGUUUGAUGUCAUCCUUCGGGAUAGUGACAGUAUGCUGUUCGGUAUCCAUAAUGCACCCGACGUAUAACAUAUAAAACUGCUGCUGCUUGACAAGUGGAUGAAGGGGGGAGCUUACACUUGAAUUUGAGUCAAGCUGUUUUCCAAGUUACCAUCGUCCCUUAAAGGCUCGGAAUACGGCAUUACCUCAAGGACGUUGCCACGGUUACAUUUUCAUCUUGCAUUUCGAUGAGGUCGAUCAGGGAAUCAUGGAUCUCUUUCGGAGCAGACAGACGGUUCCAAAUAUUGUUAUAGUGUUUUCGGGUGCUCUCUUCUUAUACUGUGUGAUUAUAUUGAAAUCUUAUCAGAGAAAACCGCCACCAACAGGAGAACCCGUUGACUGGAUGCAUCUUCCACCGAGACCUCACUUCCCUAAACACAUCCCCAUCCCGCUUCCAUCGCCUACACCCUUCGACGGGCUCGACCCGGCCAUCUUCACAACAAACCGGACAAUCGAAGACCCGGUCAUCUUGGAGCGGUUGUACCGGCAGCUUCGGAUCGUAACCGCUUUUUCUCAGAACCAUUACAAGGAGGCACUGGGACUCAUUGGAACGGUGCAGAAAGAGAUGCCGGAUAAGGAUCUUGUGAUUUACGAUCUCGGGAUAGAUGCGGAUACUUUAUACAAGGUUAAAAAGCUGUGCCAUGUUGAAGUAAGAAGUUUUCCGUUUGAUGAAUAUCCACCCCAUGUGAAGGACCUUCAUACAUACGCGUGGAAAGUCAUCAUUAUUAAUGCGACCCUUCAGGAAUUUGGUUCAAUCUUCUGGGCAGACACUUCUAUUCGCUUCAAGAAAUCGCUACGUGAUCUUAUUCCUUACGUCACCCGUCACAAAGGAUAUAUGACACAUUUUCACUCAUUUGAUCCGCGUGGAACCCAAGAUACCCCGAAGGGUCACAUCUAUUACUUCACCUCUCAAAAAAUGUUUUCUGCUCUUGGAGUCAAGCGAGCCGAGUAUUUUGAGUCACGAAAUAUCACUCCGCAUGCGGCGGCGAACAGACAAAUAUUUAUCGGGAAUCCCCUUUUGCAGGAAAAGUUGGUUGACCCCUUAUUAGCAUGCGCGCUCGAUCGCGCGUGUAUCGCUCCAACCGGCGCGCGGUUGGGGAAGCACCGUUUCGAUGCAUCCGCUUUGUCUUUGCUCUUGUACAAGAAUCUGAGGGGAGAGUGGUCAUCAGCGAACAACGACAAUACAAUCUUUGACGAACUUGUUGAUAUACGACGAACCACAGUAGACUGGCAUUUAGCCCGUUAUUGCGAAUCAACUCAAAAUGUGAAGUGAUGCUUGGCCCAAUUAUUUGCGGAAACGCGUGACUCAAUACGAAUGACAGAAGUAUAUUUAAAAACGAAAUCUCGAAAAAAGUAUAUGGUGCACAUGCGCAGCUAUAGGCAUCCAUGUCCCCCCAAAUGAUGAUUGUCAUCUUCCCCUGCUUCCCCUGCCAUCAUCUUUUGUGAUGAUGGAAUUUGUUCCCAUUUGGAACGAGGCUUUUUUCUGAUAUUUUUUAUUUCUUACUUUUUGUCAAUUACCCCCCCCUCCCUCUUCAAAAAAGAAAAAGAAAAGAAUACUGUUUCAAUCCCAUUGAAGAAUAUUUGAUGCCCCCAUCGAAUUUAAUUCUUCACCUUUAUCUGAAAGAUUGCAACUAUCAACUUGGUAACACAAAAUGCAUUUGAAAAAUGGCGGAAAAGUAGGACCUAUGUAAGCCUUUAGUAUUUUCGCCUUUUUCAUAUUGUCAUAACGUAUGCCUACUAAUUAAUAGAUCGGCUUUAAGAAUUAAGUUUGAUAUAUGAAAAUAAUUUGAUGAAGCAUCAAUUUUGUAGGUCUAGACGGAAUAUUUUUCAUUAAAUGUUUCAAAAUGUAAUUAAUGUGGCAGAAAUAGUUUUUUUAAUAAAUGAGAGAGCUUUUAAUAUGA